AUGAAACCAUCAAAGGCAUCCCAGCGUUACAGAAGCAUCCGGAGAAAUACCAGCCAGCACUGCUUCUACCAGGAGUCCCUGCUGCUCAGCACCUUGGAUGACAGUUUUACUGCUGAUGACACAGGGGACAGCAAUGAUCCAGAGCAAAUCUUCCAGAAUAUACAGUUCCAGAAAGAUCUCAUGGCAAACAUUCGCUGCCGACCCUGGACCAUGGGACAGAAGCUGAGGGCACUGAGACGAGCAAAGGACAUUGUGCUGAAGUUUGAAGGGAGGCUGACCAGGACCCGAGGCUACCAAGCGGCAGGCGCAGAGCUGUGGCGGAAGCUUGCUCGUCUGGCCUGUAACUUUGUGGUCAUCUUCAUCCCCUGGGAAAUGAGGAUAAAGAAAAUUGAGAGUCAUUUUGGAUCUGGUGUUGCCUCUUAUUUCAUAUUCUUGAGAUGGUUAUUUGGAAUUAAUAUUGUGCUCACGAUUAUGACAGGUGCUUUCAUUGUCAUUCCAGAGCUCAUUGCAGGCCAACCCUUUGGAAGCACAGCCAGCAAGACCAUCCCCACGGAGCAUGUGGCAUCUGCCCAAGACUUGGACACCGUCUGGUCCCUGGGGGGUUACCUCCAGUACUCUGUCCUCUUCUACGGCUACUACGGCAAGGAGAGGAGGAUCGGGAGAGCGGGCUACCGGCUGCCCUUGGCGUACUUCCUGGUGGGGAUGGCAGUGUUUGCUUACAGCUUCAUCAUUCUCUUAAAAAAGAUGGCUAAGAACUCCCGCACCAGCCUCGCCAGCGCGUCCAGUGAAAACUACACGUUCUGCUGGCGGGUGUUCUGUGCCUGGGAUUACCUCAUUGGAAACCCGGAGGCGGCAGAGAGCAAAACCGCGGCCAUUGUGAACAGCAUCCGGGAGGCUAUUCUGGAAGAACAGGAGAAGAAGAAAAGCAAAAACCUGGCAGUGACCAUCUGCCUGAGGGUCGUUGCCAACAUCCUGGUGCUCCUCUCGCUGGCUGGGAGCAUCUAUCUCAUCUACUUCGUGGUGGACCGGUCCCAGAAGCUGGAGCAGUCCAAGAAGGAGCUGACGCUCUGGGAAAAGAACGAGGUGAGCGUGGUGGUCUCCCUCGUCACCAUGCUGGCACCAUCAGCCUUCGACCUCAUCGCCGCCUUGGAGAUGUACCACCCGCGGACCACGCUGCGCUUCCAGCUGGCGAGGGUCCUUGUGUUGUAUCUGGGAAACCUCUACAGUCUGAUCAUCGCCCUCUUGGACAAAGUUGACAGCAUGAGCAUUGAGGAAGCUGCUUCCCAAAAUAGCACAAGUCACUGGACAGAUUCUGCCACGUUCGCCACCAGGGCUGCCUCUGAAGAAGAGAAAUGGUCCACGCUUGGGCCUGGGGUAGGGCUCAGGAGAAACAGCACCUGGGCUCUGGAAGAGGCCAAUGUUCCAACUUACACCUCACCUCUCUCAGGGGCCAACAAGACCACCGUCUCCACCAAGCGUCCACAGGACCAGUGCUGGGAGACCUACGUUGGGCAGGAGCUGCUGAAGCUCUCCAUCAUCGACAUGCUCUUCACCGUGGCCAGCAUUCUGCUCAUAGACUUCUUCCGAGGACUUUUCGUUCGGUACUUAAGUGACUACUGGUGUUGGGACCUGGAAAGCAAGUUUCCCGAAUACGGAGAAUUCAAAAUAGCAGAGAAUGUGUUACAUUUAGUCUACAACCAAGGAAUGAUUUGGAUGGGGGCCUUCUUCUCCCCCUGUCUCCCUGCGUUCAACGUGCUCAAGCUGAUUGGGCUCAUGUACCUGCGGAGCUGGGCUGUGCUGACUUGCAACGUGCCCCACCAGCAAGUCUUCCGCGCCUCCAGAUCCAACAACUUCUACCUGGCGAUGCUCCUGUUCAUGCUCUUCCUGUGCAUGCUGCCAACCAUUUUUGCUAUUGUGCGCUACAAGCCCUCUCUAAACUGCGGGCCAUUCAGUGGCCAAGAAAAAAUUUAUGACAUCGUGUCAGAGACGAUCAACAAGGACUUUCCCGCGUGGUUUGGCUCUGUGGUGGGGUACAUCAGCAGCCCUGUGGUCAUCCUGCCAGCCGUGCUGCUGCUCUUCAUGCUCAUCUAUUACCUUCAGAGCAUCGCAAGAUCCUUGAAGCUCAGCAACCACCAGCUCAGAAUGCAGAUCCAAAACGCAAGAUCUGAAGAUAAGAAAAAGGUUGCCCAAAUGGUAGAAGCUCGCAUCCAAACCCAAGACGAGAGCACCAAGAGGCUUCCAAAGGACAGCGAUCUCGGCAGCCAGCUGUCCUCCACUCACCCGGCGACUCCCCAGAACAACGGCAAUGUGGUCAGUUUCGACUCAUCAAGCAGCAAGAGUAGCAGGAUAGAGACCGUCACCCACCCCGCGCCCCGGAGUCCCCGGCCAGGGCCCGGCAGUGCCACCUCGCCCCUCCCUGGCUUCUCCAAGUCCAGGCUGGAGCCCAGCACUACCAGGUAUCCACAUGCAAGCACAGGUGAGCUUCACAGGAGCAGAUCCUGCACACCUAGGACGUUUACAAAGCACGUGGAAGAUGUUUACUCAGAGCCUCUUUUCCAAAAGGACAUUCAGCAAAUUAACCCUCCUUUUCCUGGAUCCGGGGUCUCGGACUUGCUGCCCCAUGGUCGCAGGUCCCAUGCCCCCAGAUACUAUAUCGUUAAUGAACGUGACUCUCACCAAAAAAACCGGUCAGCUUUCUGGCCCGAAAGACACUUCAAGGUAGAUGCUUUUGAGGACACGGUGGAGAUGUACCCCAGGAACACACGACAGUGUGUGUCCUGGGCCUCCCGCCAGCCUCGCUCUCCACAGCUAAGUGAAGAAGAGGGCGAGAUUCUGAGGAGAGAGGUGUUCGAGCAGGCUUUCCACCCACACUCCCUGACUGACCUCCACGGGGCUUCUCAUUUUUAUGUGGGCCAAAGUUUAGAAAGCCGGGCCCUGACCUCCGAGCCCCAGAGACGGACACAUUACAAGUCUUGGAAUGAUGGUUUCGAGGGCCAUCUUGACAGGCCGAUGUACAUGCACAGAAAGCCACGCUCCCGGAAUUUCCAGUACCCACAGCACCCUCUGAAGCCCAGAGUUAAGGCCAAGUUCGAGCCGUCCCUCACAGAAUCCGACUCCAUGUCAGCAGCGUCCAGCAGUGACCAGCAGAACAGCAGCGCUGACCAGUACCUCCAGGUCACCCGCAGCCAUGGCAAGUUCCUGAGGUCUGCGGGCCAGCUCGGCAGGAGGAAGGCCCUAUCUCGGCAGGAGCUGACUACGGAUCUGCAUGACCUGGUUUAUUCAGACGUCUAGGGCCUUCUUCUGGAGUCCCGUUCGUAGAGAUCAGAGCCCCAUUAGAGUGCAGCAUGGUGUGACAGUGCAUGGUCCUUCCCCUGCUGGAAACAGAGGUGAACACAGCCAGGAGCUGAGACCCCCGGGGCCUUGCGCAGGCCGCUGGCCGCAGCCCCGAGACUCACACAGCUACGACUCCCUGUUCUACACCAACCACAUGCGAGUGGGCUGCGUCC